AUGUACCGCAUGAGAUAUAGCUGCGACGCUGAAUCGUACGCUCAACAACAUGCCAACACUUGUGAUCAAAAGGUGCAGCCACCCGAUGCACGUCCAGGAUACAAGGAGAACAUCUACAGUUUCCAAGGAGGUGGAAGUCAAGCAGAUGCUGCUGAAGCUGCCACAAACAAUUGGUGGAGUCAAUUAGCGAGAAACGGGAUGAGAACGGACAUGCUGUUCACGUACAAUGUUCGCCAUCGAGAAACACGAAGAGUGACGAAAUGGGCAAAGAUGGCGUGGUGGAACAACGUCGAGGUUGGCUGUGCCGUUCGAAGCUGCAACGGUUGCCGUUCGUUAUCUGCAUGUCAUCGCCCAGGUGGCAACAACGUGGACGAACGCGUGUACAACAUAGGCGCGGUAUGUUCAGCAUGUCCACGGGGAUGCAUCGACGGUCUCUGUUCACAAUAA